AUGCAACCUGCACAUCCUUACUGGGAUAGAGGGAUAAAGAUCCAACCCAUAACCAGGCAGUCAGAAACAAAGCAUGGUAGAAACGGUGCUGUUGCAGCUCUGGACAUAUCAGGAGACAUCCAACUAUCACAGAACACAAAGAACCUUCAUUGCAUCAAACACAGCAGCACUGUGAGGAAAAAUGAGCUGCAAGCAUCCAAAUUAGCACUGCUGACAGCUCUGGUACCUCCAACAGCACAUAGGACUUUUGUUGAGAAGCCAUCAUACUACCAUACCAAGAAGUCUUCAAACAACAGACUCACCAAGAAUUGCCAGGCCCGCGAAGUAAAGAAAUCCACAAAACAUGAAGCAUAA